UCCUAUCCUCUAGCAUUUGGUAUCACACACAUUGCAUUCCAGCACAACUGAAGACGAAGAUGGAGGUCACUACUCGAGCUGCUGUGCUGUUCCUCCUGCUUCUGUCUCUGGCCCUGCUUACUGUUCACACACAAGAGGAGGAGGAGGUUGUCCAAGAUGAGGAGCUGCAGGAGGAGGACCAGGAGGUCGAAACAUGGACAAAAAACAUGAAAGCCUGUACCUGUGACUGUGAAUCUGCUGAUUCACCUACACGAACCCCUGCUAUCCUUCCACCUGUUGCCCCAACGUCACUGCCACCCGCUCAGAGUUACCUUCUGAAGUGCAUGCCAGAAUGCCCCUACCACAGACCCCUGGGCUUUGAAUCUGGAUCUGUUACAUCAGAACAGAUCAGCUGUUCUAAUCAGGACCAGUACACUGGCUGGUACUCCUCAUGGGUCCCCAACAAGGCUCGUCUUAACAACCAAGGCUUUGGGUGUGCAUGGCUCUCCAAAUUCAAUGACCAGUUCCAGUGGAUCCAGAUCGACUUGAAGGAGGUGGCUGUAGUGUCUGGCAUCUUGACCCAGGGACGCUGCGACGCUGAUGAGUGGAUUACAAAGUACAGCAUUAAGUACCGGACCGUGGAAAGUCUUAACUGGAUCUAUUACAAAGACCAAACAGGAAACAACAGGGUGUUCUAUGGGAACUCUGAUCGCUCCUCUACGGUGCAGAACCUGCUGCGACCGCCUAUCGUGGCUCGUUACAUCCGCCUGCUGCCACUGGGCUGGCACACCCGCAUUGCCAUGAGGCUGGAGCUGCUGAUGUGCAUGAACAAGUGCAUCUCGAUAGGCUGAGGAGGACUUUGGCCUUCCAGCCUGCCAUUUGCCAAAAGAUGGACACCAGUUCAGCACAGGGACAAUCAUCAUAUUACUUUCCAAUAACCUUUAACAUGGCUGUCUUUCUUGGCAAAGUAGAUGAAGUCUGGGCAGGUGAAGGUGUUUGGUGUCAUUUCAUGCACUGUAAGUCUGUAUACAGUACAGUGCAGAAGAUUUAGACCACAUUUAGCUUUGU